AUACUUUUGCAAAUUGACAUUUGUUCUUGGAAGUUGGAUGUCAAGUGGAUAUUCAAAAAGAACAAAAACAUGGCGGGCGGUGAAGUAGAAUUAGCACAGUCUGCUUCUGCAGGCGGCGAUACUAUUUUUGGUAAGAUAUUGAGGAAAGAAAUACCAGCUAAAUUUGUCUACGAAGACGACCAGUGCGUCGCAUUUCACGAUGUGAAUCCGCAAGCACCAACUCACAUCCUUGUGAUACCGAGAAAGCCAAUUUCCCAGCUGUCAAAAGCUGAAGAUGAAGAUGAACAAUUACUGGGUCAUCUGUUAAUCGCUGCUCGUAAAGUUGCCGCACAGGAAGGUUUGGACAAGUCCGGCUUCCGUUUAGUCAUCAAUGAUGGAAAAAAUGGCGCUCAAAGCGUUUACCAUCUUCAUAUCCAUAUCCUCGGAGGCCGCCAAUUGCAAUGGCCCCCAGGCUAAGUGUCGUACUUCUAAACUGUGAUUAAUAAAUUGAAUACUGUUAAAA